AUGUUGGCCACAUCUCGCAAAGCCAUUAUUAAUGCUGCUUCAAAGGCUACUUACGCCACUGCCGCCACAGCUAAUUCUAUCAAGAUCACCUCAGCUUCUAAUGGCGUAAAGGUUGCUUCUAGCCAAGAACCUGGUCAAACCGCUUCUUUGGCCGUUGUCGUCAAUGGUGGUGCUAGAGCUGAAGCUGGAGAUAAUGCCGGUGUUGCUCACUUUUUGAAGAACUAUGGAUUCAAGAACUCCUACAACCGUACUGCUUUCCGUAUUGUACGUGAAGCUGAAUUAGCCGGUGGUGUCUUAUCUACCAACCUUACUCGUGAAACUCUUGUCUAUGCUGCUGAAUUCUUGAAGGGCGAUGCUGAAUUAUUUGCUGACAUUUUGAGCGACGUUAUCACCCAACAGAAAUAUCAGGAACACGAGUUUGUUGAUGUUAGAAACCAAACCGCUUCUGAAUCCACUAGCGCUUUCGCCAAUGCUGAAAUUGCUGCCUUGGAAGCUGCCCACAGCCUUGCCUUCCGUAACGGUCUCGGCAACUCUGUAUUUGCCAAGGCUAACAACCACGUCAACAACGCAACCGUCAAGGCCUAUGCUCAGCAAUUGUUUGCUCAAGGCAACGUUGCCCUUGUUGGUACCGGCAUCGAACACGACGCUCUUGUCAACUUGGCCGAGAAAUACUUGAACCUUCCCUCUGGUUCUGGUGCUCAAUUGAAUGCCAGCAAAUACUAUGGUGGUGAAGCCCGUUUGGAAGGACACAACAACAACUAUAUCCUUGCCUUUGAAGGUGCUGCUGCUGACUCUGCCGAAUUCGCCGCCCUUCAAGUUCUCCGCCACGCUUUGGGUGGUGAAUUGACCGUGAAGCACACCGCUGGUGCUGGUCUCUUUGCUCAAGCCAAUGCCAGAUUUGGUCAAGAUACACAAAUCAAGGCCUUCAAUCUCGGUUACUCUGAUGCUGGUCUCUUUGGUGUUCAAGUCUCUGGUGCUCAAGCUGGUGCUGCCGUUGCUGCUGCUGCUGAACAAUUGAAGGCUGCCAAGAACUUGUCCAACGAAGAUUUUGCUAGAGGUGUUGCUCAAGCCAAGUUUGCCGCUACCGCUGGUUAUGAGACCCGUCUUGACCGUCUUCAAACUCUCGGUGCUCAGGCUUUCCGUGAUGCUAAAUACAGCACUGCUGCUGAAUCUGUCGCAGCUCUUGAAAAGGUUUCCGCUGCUGAUGUUGCAAAGGUUGCUGAGAAAUUAACAAAGAGCAAGCCCACCGUUGUUGCUGUCGGUGAACUUCACAAGUUACCUUAUGCUGACUCAGUUUCAUUAUAA